AUGCUUGACGCCUUAUUUGAACGAAACGUUUCGAAACAAUACCAGGUAGAGAUUACACCAGAUGGAGCUGAUCCUAAAUCUUUUCAACAUGAUUUACACUUGGGCUUGGAGAGAUACACUGCUGCAAUAACCGAGGCAGUCGGUGUUCUGGAAAAGCAGAGGGCCACUGCACUUAGCCAAACAACUAGGCUCAGAGACCAAAUAUCAAAAUUUGAGAGCAGUGCAGUCGAGAAUAGUCUGACAGACUCCAAAAUGGGCCAUGUUGAGGUAGAAUUACAAAAAAUCAGUGCAGACCGCAAGUACCUCCAGGAGAAGCUCUCAAACUUGGAAAGAAGGAAGAACGAAAUAGCCAAGAGACGAAUAGAAAUCCGGACAAUCCAGAGCGAUUUCAAAGCACAAGUUUGUGACCAAAGCGCUCUUGGUGUGUCUUAUACCGAGGAUAUACUUGAGGAUUUUUUGAAACAGUACAGGAGCACCCUUCUGAUGCAAAUUAACGAGUUACGCGAACUUAAGUCCCUCUCUUUGAAAAAAUCUGCGAUGCUUAAUGGUGUUGAAGAGAAGUUCGAGUUUGUCCAUUCUGCUACAGAAAGAUAUAAUCUCUUAGCUGAUGUGCCAGUCAAGAUUCGUAUCACACAUGUGCUUGAUAAUGAUUUGGGGAAAUCUGCGAAGUCGCUAACAGGAAGAACGUUGUUUGAGAUUCAAAAGGAACUCGAGCAAGCCAUUAUUUAUCAUAAUAACCAAAUUGAGCGGUUGCGGGUGAAGAUAAUCAAGCAGGACAAGGCAAGAGAAGCUCUAGAAACUACACAUGGGCCAAUAAUUAACGAGAAAUUGAAGAUGAGCGAAAAAUUGCAACACAAAAGAUGCAAUAUUGAAGCAAAUCGGUGCUCAUUAGAGAAUGACAGGGUUCUGUUGGCUAAGUGGGUCGGUGAAGUAGAGGAGGAAAACGCGAGGUCGCUCUCAUCGACGAGUGAGAAAGAAACUAAUGCUCAUUCCGACGUCGAUAAAGCCAAAAUAUGCUUCGAUAAGGAAAGAAUGGAAAAUUUAGCGACGAUAUCACCACUAGAAGAUAGACUUAUCGAUCGUUACGAUGAGUUCUCCAGGGUGUACAACCAGAUAGGUGCUUCAUUCAACGGCAUGCUGACAUCCAGCACGCAGGUUGUUAAAUCUACCGAGGAAGACAUCAGACUGUCCAAUUUUAAAAACCCGCUUCAGUUCACCUGUGAUUUUAAUGUGACUGAGAAUCUAUUCAGCCAAUAUUCUUCAGUUCUGUCGUCACGAGCUAACCACGCGUGA